AAAUUAAUCCAUGGAGAGGUCAUAUCUUAUUAUAAGGGAUUUUUUCCUAGACACAGAUCCAGUCAUGUCGAAGGCAAAGGAAACGGGCUCUUCCGUCAUACACACCCAGCAGCUGCAUGCUGCCAUGGCGGACACCUUCAUUGAGCACAUGUGUCUGCUGGACAUCGACUCUAAUCCUGCUAAGUCUCGCAACACCGGCAUCAUCUGCACAAUUGGACCUGCCUCCCGAUCUGUGGAGAUGGCGAAAGAAAUGAUCAAAGCUGGGAUGAACAUUGCAAGAAUGAACUUCUCUCAUGGCACACAUGAGUACCAUGCUGAGACCAUCAAGAAUGUCCGUGAGGCAACUGAGAGCUUUGGGCCUGGAUCUGUGGACUACAAACCAGUGGCCAUCGCUCUGGACACUAAGGGACCAGAAAUCAGGACCGGACUUAUCAAAGGCAGUGGUACUGCUGAGGUUGCACUGAAGAAGGGUGAAACCAUCAAGCUCACACUGGAUGACCAGUAUCAGGACGCAUGUGAUGAGAAAGUUCUGUGGCUCGACUACAAGAACAUCACCAAGGUUGUGCAGACUGGAAGCCAUGUCUACAUUGAUGAUGGUCUGAUUUCCCUCAAGGUUAAAGAAGUUGGCAACGAUUACUUGAUAUGUGAGAUUGAAAACGGUGGUAUGCUGGGCAGCAAGAAGGGUGUCAACCUGCCCGGAGCUGCUGUUGACCUGCCUGCUGUGUCUGAGAAGGACAUUCAGGACCUCAAGUUUGGUGUUGAACAGGGUGUUGACAUGGUCUUUGCCUCCUUCAUCCGUAAGGCUGCUGAUGUUGAAGCUGUCAGGAAAGUGCUGGGCGAGAAGGGCAAGGAAAUCUUGAUCAUCAGCAAGCUGGAGAACCACGAGGGUGUGCGCAGAUUUGAUGAGAUCCUGGAGGCUAGCGAUGGCAUCAUGGUUGCCCGUGGAGACCUGGGCAUUGAAAUCCCAACAGAAAAGGUCUUCAUUGCCCAGAAGAUGAUGACUGGCAGGUGCAACAGGAUUGGCAAGCCCAUUGUCUGUGCCACACAGAUGCUGGAGAGCAUGACAAAGAAACCUCGCCCUACUCGUGCUGAGGCCAGUGAUGUUGCCAAUGCCGUGCUGGAUGGCAAUGACUGCAUCAUGCUGAGUGGUGAGACUGCCAAGGGAGACUACCCCGUGGAAGCUGUGUCCACUCAACACAGGAUUGCCCGUGAAGCUGAGGCAGCCAUGUUUCACAGGCAGAUGUUUGAGGAGCUGCGUCGUAUCUCUCAUCUGACCCGUGACCCCACUGAAUCCGUCGCUAUUGGUGCCGUUGAAGCUUCCUUCAAGUGCUGCGCCAGCGCCAUCAUCGUGCUCACCAAGUCAGGAAGGUCUGCUCAGAUGCUGUCAAGGUACAGGCCCCGUGCCCCCAUCAUUGCUGUGACCCGCUCUGGCCAAACUGCCCGUCAGGCUCAUCUGUUCCGUGGUGUCUGCCCUGUGCUCUACACCAAGCCUGCCAGUGAUGUCUGGGCCGAGGACGUUGACCAACGUGUGAACUUUGCCCUGGAAGUUGGCAAGCAUCGCAGCUUUUUCAAGUCUGGUGAUGUGGUCAUUGUCGUGACCGGCUGGCGCCCAGGCUCCGGUUACACCAACACCAUGAGAGUUGUGCUGGUGCCUUGAACUUCAUCAAAGGACAUUAGUAACCACUCCCCCAUCCCCUCCCCUCAAGAAAAGCUCAACACAGGGAGCUGUGCAGAACUUUUCUUGUCUGUUGGUCUUGUCUAACCAACAGAAAGUCAAAACCAGGGCACUCCUUUAAAAGACUUUUGACAAGUUUUGCUCACACACAGUUACUCCAUGAUUCCUGUCAUCCAUGUGUGCAAUUUACUGUACAAAUCUUGUUGCCACAGACCGAACUCAAAGCCUUUUAGUGGAUGAAGGUUUUCCUCGGCAUGCAGUAAUAAUUACUGUACCUACUGUCAUUUUCUUAAGUUUUGGUUCUGUUAGCAUCCAGGUAAAGAACAGCUGCAAAUGUGCAGUAUUUCUCCAGUGUAUCAUGCUGACUUACCAGCACAAUGUUCCAGUGUGAAUCGAUCUGACAUCCAUUAAUUAAAAGGAAUUC